GUGAAAACAAUAAAUUUGUUGUUGGUUUGAGUCGUUUUUGUAGAAAAGAAAAUAAAUAUUAUUUAUUGAAUCAGCUCAGUGUAUUAGCAGCUGAUUUUAAAAUCUAACAAUACACUUACUAAAAACAUAAAACAGACAAAUGGAAAACUACAGAAUUCUACUGCGAUGCAAAGGCGUUGCUUUUUGGAUUUUCUAACAAAAAAUUUGUACCUAAAAAUAUAAAACCAAAUAUAAAAUCCCAAAGCAUAAGAAGCAGCGGUGAAGAAUCCAAAUAUACCAAUGAGCUGGACUAAUUGGCAGUAACCGUUGAAACUAAAAAUCCAGUUUACUUUAUUUUAAAAUCUUUUCAACAAAAACAAUAAAUCCAGUCAAAAUGCGUGUUGUUGCAAUGGUGAGUGGUGGCAAGGACAGUUGCUACAACAUGAUGCAAUGUGUGGCCGAAGGACAUGAAAUUGUUGCACUAGCAAAUUUGCAUCCCAAAGACCGAGAUGAAUUAGACAGCUUUAUGUAUCAGACUGUAGGUCACAUGGGCAUUGAAAUAUUAGCCAAAGCAAUGAGUUUGCCACUUUAUCGGCGCGAAACUAAAGGGAAGAGUACUCAAACUGGCAAACAUUAUGUGCCUACGGAUGAUGAUGAAGUGGAGGAUUUAUACAAUUUGCUAGAAAUGUGCAAAGAAGAACUACAUGUUGAAGCAGUUGCCGUAGGUGCUAUACUCUCCGAUUACCAGCGUGUGCGCGUUGAAAAUGUUUGUAGUCGUUUAAAUUUGGUGUCAUUGGCUUAUUUGUGGAGGAGAGACCAGACUGAAUUGCUACAAGAGAUGAUCGAUUGUCAAGUGCAUGCUAUUAUAAUUAAAGUAGCUGCUUUGGGUUUAGUUCCUGAUCGUCAUUUGGGUAAAUCCCUGCGCGAAAUGCAACCUCAUCUAUUAAAGAUGCAUGAUAAAUAUGGUUUAAAUGUAUGUGGUGAGGGUGGAGAAUAUGAAACGUUUACAUUAGAUUGUCCACUCUUUAAGCAACGCAUUAUGAUUGAAGAUGUACAAACUAUUAUAAGCUCUGCGGAUCCUGUAUGUCCGGUAGGUUAUAUAAAUUUUACGAAGUUGUCAUUACAACCUAAAGAGCCAACGCAAUGCUGUGAUGUUUUUGUUAAAAAGUCUUUGGACUAUAUAAGUGACCUCAAUGAAUCGACAUAUAGUGACCUCAGUGAUCCAGAUCUCAGUGAAACUGAAUUAGAACUCAUAGAGAAAGAGACAAGAAUGCGUGAAUCACUUAGUCAAAAUGAAUUAAUAUCACGUAGUAAUUCGUUUGGUCGGCAUCUUGCCACAUCAUCAUCUUCCCCAAUACCAAUUGUAACAAAAAGUGCUAGUGUAGAUGAGCCAAUUCCAUCAUCUUUGCUCUCUUCAUCAGCUGCUUUAUGUACAGCAUCUUUGCAUACAGGCAGUUUCGGACGACCGCUUGGUAGCACAGCUGCAGUUUGUGGUUCGCUUUCGUUAGCAAUAUCAUCUGUUGGUGCAACUGGUGGUAUAUCGACAGCAGUUAUAACACAACCACCGAGUCCUAUGAAAAUAGAACGUGAGUUCCGUCCACUAACAAAUAAACCUAUGGCUGCAGUUAAUCAAAUGGGCUGGAUGUGGGUAGCUGGUGUGCAGGGUUGCGCUUCAACUUUAGAAGAGGGUAUGCAUAUUGCAAUGAGUGACCUGAAAUUUUUAGCCGCUGAGCACAAUUAUGAGUUGGCUGACUAUUGUUUCAUAACGUUGUAUGUACGCUCCAUGGCUGAAUAUUCAGUAUUGAAUAGUAUAUAUGAUGAAGCUAUGCAUUUUCAAAAUCCUCCCACUCGUGUAUGUGUGGAAUGUCCACUACCAGAAGAUUGUCAUGUGGUUAUGGAAGCUAUAGCUUAUAAGACACCAAUACGUAGACGAGCAACAGUUUCUAUUAAUGAAAUUGAUGCAAACAUAGAGGAUUGCAACAUUUCUUCUAAUACAAGCUCAACAGAUAAUUUAUGCAAAAGGCACACAAUGCAUGUUCAAGGUAUUUCACAUUGGGCACCAGCAAAUAUAGGGCCUUACAGUCAAUCAACAAAGGUGGGUGAGAUCACUUAUAUCUCUGGCCAAAUAGCACUUGUACCUGGUAGUAUGACAAUCAUAGAUGGUGGCAUAAGACCGCAAUGUAAGCUUGCUUUGCGGCACAUAAGUAGAAUUGCAAAAGCAAUGAAUGCACAAGGACAGUUACGUGAUGUAGUACAUGGUAUUUGUUUUGUAACACAUCCAGCUUUUAUUGCGGAGGCUAGACGACAAUGGGAACGACGCACCACUAAUGCCAUAAUGGAUUAUAUCGUGGUACCCGCACUGCCACGAGAAGCGCUUGUAGAAUGGCAAGUUUGGGCACACACCCAUAACGAUAGGUUUGACUAUGAGGAAACUGGUUGCUCAGUUAAUGAUUACACAAUUUCUAUACGACGACGCUGGAAUUAUGAGAAUAAUUGUGCAGCUAUAGUAUGCUAUGUCUCAACAGGUUUAGCUUCAUCAACUACUCAAUUGACUCAACUAAGCGAUGAUAUACUCAGCAAUCAUUGUCAUUUGGCACAAUGUCUUACUACGGAAAACAUUGAUGAAAUACUCUCAUACGUGGUUAAACGUUUGCUUAAAGAUUAUCCAACUGCAAAACGUAUUGUUAGUGAUGGAACUAGUACCAAUUGCGAUGAUUUCAGUGCUGAUGCCAAUGUUAACAAUCAUGCCAAUGUUAAUACAUCGCAUAACUCCACUAACAACCAUAAUCACCAUUACAACAACACAAAUUCUGCGACAGUUUCUAUACCAGCGAUACACCUAAAAGUGUUCUAUCAAGUAACUGCUGCACCGUCCGUGGAAAUAUUGCUUAACGGUCUUAAAGAUUUCCGAAAAAAGUUCAUAGAUACUGCCAACAUCGUGUACACCGUUUUGCCCGCCUGCAGCUUGCAUAACUUCAGCACAUUUUUGUCAAUUUGUGGCGUAAGGCAUGAGUAGACGUGACAAAUCUGUGAAAUAUUAUUAUUAUUGCAUAGGAUCUAAGGCAUUUCGCAAAUAUUUUGUUUUAUAAAUUAUUUAUAUAAUGCUAUAACCUUUUUUUAUUGGACCAAAGUAUAUAUGAAACAACAAAUUCUAUCAGAAGUAACAAAAGAGUUUCAAAACUAAAACGCAUACAAAUUUUUCUUCAUUGAUGAUUUUUUGUCCUAACGAUUAAGCUGUAUAUUUUGUAAUUUUUAUUGAUACUUAAAUAUUUAUUAUAAAUUAAAAUUUUUGUGGAUGUGAACUAUUUUUAAGCUAUAUUAUAAAGAAAAAGAAAGUUUAAUGAAAUGAAAAUGAUAUUUUGUUUUUGCUUAUAA